GCCCGGAUGGUACCAUUCACCAGGCCGGAAGGGGCGGGCCUUUGGGGCGGAAGCACCGGGCGGCCGGGGUGGGGGGAGCGAUGGCGGUGGAGGGACCCUGUGCGCUGGUAACCAGCUGCGCUGCCGGCUUUGCUGGGGAGGAGCUGGUUAAAAGUAUCAUUGGAACAGAAGACCUUGCUGCAGAUGUGUCUACAAGUGGGGGUGUGAGAUUUUACCCCUGGACAAUAGACAAUAAAUAUUAUUCUGCUGAUAUUCACCUGUGUGUGGUACCAAACAAAUAUCUUGUGACAGCAGAAAUUGCUGAAUCUGUCCAGGCAUUUGUGGUUUACUUUGACAGCACAAUAAAAUCUGGUCUUGAAAGUGUCUCUACAUGGCUUCCCCUGGCAGAAGAAUGGUUACCAGAGGUUAUGAUCUUGGUGUGUGACAGAGUAUCUGAAAAUGGUGUGAACCGACAAAAAGCUCAAGAGUGGUGCAUCAAACACAGUUUUGAACUGGUGGAACUGAGCCCAGAGGAGCUGCCUGAUGAAGACGAUGACUUUCCUGAGUCCACAGGGGUGAAACGAAUCGUACAAGCCUUGAACGCCAAUGUCUGGUCUAAUGUAGUAAUGAAGAGUGACAGGAAUCAGGGCUUUGGCCUUCUCAGUACACUAGCAGGUGCAAACUGCAGCAUUGGGUCAGAAGAGAACCAAGAUACAAAACCCCAUCCACCAACAGUGGACAGAGCAGAAUCUCAUUUAGACAACAGAGGAGAUGCAGCUAGCACAAACAACUUGCAGAUUGACAGCAUUGUAGAUCCCAUGUUAGAUAUGGAUAUUCAAGAGCUAGCCAGUCUUACCACAGGAGGAGGAGAUCUGGAGAAUUUCGAAAGACUGUUUUCAAAGCUGAAGGAAAUGAAAGACAAGGCAGCAACAUUGCCCCAUGAACAGAGAAAACUACAUGCAGAGAAGGUGGCCAAAGCAUUCUGGAUGGCAAUUGGAGGAGACAGAGAUGAGAUUGAAGGGCUCUCCUCAGAUGAAGAAAACUAAGUUCUCUGUAGCUGUUUGUAGUAGACCUGAUGCAAUAUCCUAAAAGUUAAUGCUGGACGUUUCCUUCAAACAACUCAUUUUUUGCUGAAGCUGCUAUUGGACUUCGUUUGCUUAGAAAUUAAGUGAUCCCUUGCUUAUCAUUGAGUAACACAUUCCAUAACACCUGAAACUGCAUUAGAUUGUGUUUGUUCUCCUGCCUGUAUUCUCUGUGUGGCUAUAUUUUUAAGGCAGUGUGUACCAUCUUUACCAUAAGUAGCAAACCAGUUUAUAUUUUCCAAAUAACCAUUUUUGUUGUUUCCUUAGAGUUUUUUAAAAAAACAAAUUCACCAUCUGUCUUUUUUUCUAUGAGGUUGUCAAAUCAGUACUUGAAUCUAAACUCAAGAUUUGAGGCCUGGAUUGGUCUCAAGUUUUUAUGUAGCUUUAGAACUAAUUUACUGGUUUAAAGGAACCAGACUUGUUUGAGCCAGGAAAAGAAAACUGCUGAAUUGCACUCUAUUGAGAGAUGGUAGAGUAAAGCCACAGGAUUAGUCCUGUUAACUGAUUGCCAUCAAUGUUAAAAAUGACCUAGGGAAGGGCACAGGCCUAGUGCUGGUGAAUUUUAUCCUAAAUGCUGAGUAAAAGCCAUCACCUCAACAACACUAAAUUGUCACAUGACAUGCCUUACAGCCUUAGGCACCUGUAUUUAAUUGGGAGACUAGAAAGUAUUAGAGCACCAGCAAGUGGGAGGAGUAUUGCUUUGUAGUGGUAUUCAGUGCUAGAAAAAGUAUAAUAGAUUAACAAUGAGCGUACUUGGCAAAGUAUUCCUCUUCCCCUCUGCCUCAUUGUAGAUGCUCAGUCUGAGUGCCUCUUUUCCUCCCUGGACACUAGGAAGCAAAGAUUGACUGGAGAUACAUUUAGAGUAUAAGCAUAUCAGGCACCACUGAGAUAAUCACCAUGAAGACAAGAAAUCUGAAAGGAAGAAGGUUGGGGAUGUGGGGUAAGAAGGUAAAGGAAAAGCCAGUUACCAGUUUAGUCUACUUUUCUCAUCAAACAUAAGUAACCCUCAUCAGAGAGCAGAUAGGGAUUCAGUGAAAGGAGGUGGGACCUACCUUAAACAGUGGCCCAUAAAACAUGUCAUUCAUGCUAACUUCAGCAGAAGAGAAAAGCCACUUUAGAUGAUGCAACCAGCCGUCUUGCAACUAUUCAGCACAAGAGCCAAGGCUUCUCUAAUGCUUCUCAGGCUUGUCAUGUGCAACACCCUGUAUUCCCUAACCCACAUGAAAAUAGUCAAUGUCAAGACAAUCUUUUUUACUUUGAAAAGAUAGAGAGCUUUUACUUUUCUGAUACUUGAGCCGCAGUGUAAAUUAAAUUUUAGGGAUUCUUGCCUAUACUUUCAGUGAAACUCCAUAAAUGCAUCCAUAAAAGCUGAAUUUCUGGAAGCCCUAUGACAAUAGGGUCUUUCGCAUCCACAGAACUUGGUCUAUUUUGAUCCUGGGUUAGGAUCAAAUGAAGAUGAAACAGUAGGGUGGCAGGAACACUCAAAGCCACAAGUCAAAACUGAAAAUUGUGAAGCCAUUAUGAAUAGCAACUAAUGCUGCUUUGAUCAUAGUUGAGGCUCAUCUGUAAGGGCUUGCCACCUGUGAUUCCAUCACAGCAAAGUGGACCUUUUUGAAUGGCGGUUUCUUUGUAUGGAGAGACCUUACACUGCUUCCUGCCUCUGUGUCCAGUCAUUUGUGUGUUUCUCCUGGGACUGACUUUGCAGGAGCCAUGGGAAAGUCUCAGACCUCCUCAGGCAAGAGUCUAAAGUGAAAGGCUGCAGGGAUGGUUCUGAUUCCUUAUACGCAGAAGACUGUGCUGGGAAGCACUGCUCUCUCCUCAGAACCAUCCUCCCAGUCAACAGUGUUGGAAAUCAAACUGAAGGGGUUUGAGACAACUCUCCGCAACAGCUCUCUUGUUCUGUUCUUUUCCAUCUCAUCCUGUUCUAUCCUCUUCUCCAAGCAGAAAGAGCUUUGAGGAAGAGAUCAUGGAGUUAUAUUCUGUUGAGUUAUAGUCUUUCAUGCCUCCUUGCUUCGUGGAAGGCAGAGGCUUUACCUUUGCUAAAUAUUUGGUCAGGUGGUAGGGAGGCAUGUGGCAAAAGAGUAGAGAAGACUCAUUUAAAUACCCUAAAGAGCAGCAUGCAUUUGAAUGCUCCGUAAAGCAGAUUCACAUGGUACAUCUGGCCGUAGUUUAAAAUUUAAGAUCUUGACUGACUUUUUUUUUUUAAAGUGCUGGCAGCUGAAGCAAGAGACACCAGUAAGAAGUAAGAACCCAAGGCAUGCAGGGAAUGAGUACACCAAUCCAACUUAACCACCCUGUCCUCCUGCUAACUGGGAGGGAUAUUUGGGGUAGGGACGGAGGGGGGUGAGAAGUCUUUAAAAGACCUGCACAAGUCGAUACGAUUGGCAGUAUUUGAUCAGGAAAGUGCCAGGACUCCCGAACAGCAGUAAUUAGCCAGGAUUAUCAGCACAGUAUGGGGAAAUGAGUACAGUAUGCACUUCCACUGGCACUAGUGGUCUAGCCCCUGUAACGGCCAUGUGUUUCCGUGGGUUUUAACACUUGCCCCAACGUGUCAGCACGGCAAGGAGUGCUCUGAAACAGCUUAGUGCUGUAAACUUGUAUCCCAGCAGUUGAAGCACUUUAAACAAAAAUCUAUUCAUGAGUCAAACUAGCUGUUGUGGCUAGAAAAUAGGAUGGAAUUAAAUUCAGCGUUUCUUAGAUUAUUGAAUUGUAUUUUUUGAGAUAACUUGUGUGGUGGUGUUUUUUUUCUGUUUUUUGGCUGCAAAAUUUCUUACAGUAGAGGUUUUAGAAAUAAAUAAAGCAAGUGUUAGUGGAAAAGCAAAAUGAAAAGCUGCUGUAUCCUUUUGUUUAGGGUUUUCUUUAAUGUGUAAACUAGCAUUGUAAACAUGGAAAUGGGCUGAUUAAAAUGCUAUUUAAAUACA